GCGGUGUUUCACCCACGUGGAGCAUAAUAACAAACAAAAGCCUUUGUCUAGUGUGAAGUUGUCUAGUGUGAACAGAUUGUGCAGCUACUGAAGAUGCGAGUGUUUGUGUUCCUGUGCCUGGCAGCACUGUCUUAUGCAGCCUCCAGUCAAGAGCCCAGUUAUGAGCAGCAGUAUUUGCAGGGAACUGACGCAUACAAGCAGCAAGAUUGGAAAAACACUAUCAAACAUAUGAGACGAUCGCUGGAAGAGUUCUCUAAAUUAGAAGAGGCGAGACGUCACUGUUACUCUCUCUGCUCUCGAAAGAGGUCAAAGGUCACCACUCAGUGGGUGGACCUUGAUUUCUUCCGCUCUGUAUUGGAACGCUCUCAUUGUGUCCGUCACUGUACAGAGGAGGAGGCGGGGCUACUACCAAGAGGGGGUGUAUCACGGAAAAUAUUUAAGAAACUUGAAACGAGAGAAGGACUUCAUUAUCUGCAGAUGGCUUUGCAUAACGAAGGCCUGAAUAAAGAGGCAGCUCAAACUUUUGCUCAGUACCACUACCAUAACCCGCACGACCAUCACUCAAGAAGCAACUUUGAAUACUAUAAAGCACUGAAGGAUGUGACAGAAUCGGAUCUUGUACCCAACACAACCUUUAAAUACAGGGAGUAUUUUAUGAAUGGUGAUGAUGCCUAUUACGCGGAAAAUUCGUCUGAAAUGGUUGAGUGGAUGGAGAAGGCAUUGCUCGAGUUGUAUCGUUCACUGGAGGACUGUCGGAGUGAUUGCACCAGCCCCCUCAAGAAGACCACACCCACUCUCGGCCUAUCCCAGAUGCUGAGUCAGCUACAUUUAAUUGUGGUCAGUUGUCAGGCAAAAUGUCCGCACACGCUCGGACAGUUCAGAUUGCACGUCGCUGGUCACUUCUUUGCAAGCUUCUUCAACUAUUUGCAGUACGGCUACUACAACAUGAAUGACACGGACAAGGCGGUACAAGCUGCCGCUGCGAUGGUGCGUCUAGACCCGGGGUCAGAGGACACUCUCAGUGUGAGCAAGUUCUUUAGAGAGACGGAGGACGUGCGUUUGGAGGAGCAAGUGCUUGACGAGGGUGUUCUACUGGAGGUGCUCAAGGUGGAGUCUGUUGAGAAUUAUCGUAGUUUCCUUGACAACCAGUCUGGUCAUGUGAUCCGAGAUUCAAAGACAGGAGAGUGGAUUGUGGAGAGUGAGGGGGUGGACCCUGCCUUGCUUGAGAUGGACUAUCAGAGAUACCCUGUGCUGCUCAUGGACACCUCCUCAACCAUGUCUGACAAGGAGGAACAACCUGAGCCGGUGGUGGUGCAGACGUCUGAUGAUUACGAUGGAAUAGAGAGGAUGAUGGUGGAUAAACUGCUGAGUCAGCAACAAUGCGACCAACUCAUUCAACUAGCAUCAUACGGCAAGGAGGGUGAUGGAUACGAAAGAAAAUCUCCGCAUACAGAGAGCGAGAAAUUUGAAGGCCUUCACCUUCUGGAGGCAGCAAAGAGAUCAUCGUAUGGUGAGAUAAAGCCGUCCCUCUCCUGGCUGUACGUCAAUGCUAGUAGGUGGAGCAAAGACAUGGUUGCCAAGGUGUUUAAGUUGGAGUCACCUCUCUACUUCUCUUAUACUCAUCUCGUGUGUCGUACAUCAAAGGAAGGUAAGCAGGAAAGUCGCCGUGAUCUAAGUCACCCGGUCCACUCUGACAACUGUAUCCUUGACGACCUGACGGGAGAAUGCAACAAAGUGGCCCCAGCCUACACUUGGAGGGAUUAUAGUGCCUUGCUCUAUUUGAAUGGAGGGGAAGAUUUUGAAGGAGGAGAAUUCUUCUACGCUCACUCCACCAAAGACCUCAGCCCGGACGUACUCGUUAAGCCCGAGUGUGGUCGCUUGGUGGGCUUCUCUGCUGGUAAGGAGAACAUGCACGGUGUGCUACCAGUGACAGGUGGGAGGAGGUGUGCUGUGGCGCUGUGGUUCACCCUUGACCCCCAGCACAGCGAGGCUGCCUUCGAUCAGGCAGAGGAUCUACUAGUCUCACUAUAGAAACUAAUCACGUACCCUAGUAAAUAAAAGAAAAAAUCACCUAAUAAACUCUGUGUGUGGUCGCUGGUGGUGUGGCUUAUGGAAUCACAUCCAACUGUUAUAAUUUCAAUAAUUAAUUUUUCAUUCUUGUUGUUUAUUACAUGCACUUUCCAUACACAUGCACGUCUUAUUAUGCA